AUGGUGGAAGAUCUCGCCGGUGCCAUCACCGAGGAACCGGCCGCUGCCCCUCUUGGCUCGCCGGCAGAUGAUGUUGGUGGAGGUAAAGAUAACAAGGACAACAAGGACAAGGGGAAAGAUGCUGACAGCGAAGGGGACAGGCAGGAGGAUGUGGCAUCAUUGCUGGGAGAGCCGGCUGUGAUUUCGAUAGAAGCUGAAUCUGAAAAAAUUGUGCUAGCAACCGAUGAGCCAACAGUUGCACCUACGGAGUCCCCCACGGAUUCUCCCGCGAUGAAACCAACCGCUGCAGUAACAUUCCCUAUCGUCCUAUUGGUGACGCGUGCACCCUCCGAGUCCCCAACAAUUACUACUGGAGCCCCUGUCGUUCCUGAAGCGCUUUUGACAACGGAAACACCAACAGCUCAAGAAACCAUGGUGUCGACCGAUUCUGCGGAUUUAGCUGACGGGUUUGGUGUGAUUACAGUAUCGCCCACGCACGCAGAAACAAAUGGGCUACCGCCAGGAUCCUCUCCAGGUUUUGUUACGGCUGUUAUAGUCCCUGCAGAACCUGAACAGAGUCCAUAUAUCAUCGAUGCUAUACCCCCAUCUAUCGCUCCAGUUGUACCGCCCGCAGUGGAUGUCGCUGGUGAUCAAAAGAACGAUGACAAGGGUAACGACGACAACAAAGGUGGAAAGAAUGAUGAAAAGGCAGAAGACAACAAGGCAGGCGGCGACGGAAACGAUGAGAAAGACGAUGAGAAAGACGAUGAGGAUGAGGCAUUGGAUCAGAAAGAGGGUGGACAAAAGAACGAAGGUGGUGACAACGAUGAAGAUGUGGAUGCAGUGAAUCUCCUUGCAGGAAGAGAAGAGGAUGUUACGCCAUCUGGUGUCACGCCAAAGGAGACGGGUGCAGCCAAGGCCAUUGCGGCAGCAAAAGAUGCUGGCAUUUCUACAUCAAGGGCAAGCGAUGGAGGCACCAGAAGGCUUAGACGAACCAUGUUUAUCCGUGGAUCAAAAUAG